AUGGAGACCACCUUUGCAAUCGAAGGCACCCCGCGCAAUGAUGAGGUGAAACUGCAGGUACUGCAGAGCAUUGACGCUUGCGGCCUUUUUCGUCCAAAGGACGUCUCAGUGAAGGAUUGCACAGGGCUCACAGGUGCUGAGGAGCCUGAAGCUGCCCUUACACCUGCACGUGCGCCGACACCCGAGCUGGAGCCCGAACCUGAGCCCGAGCAGAGCGAAGUUUCAGAAAUCUCCGCGGGAGAUACACCAGAAGAUAUGCAGGUUUCGCUAUGCAAGAUUGACUAUGUCUAUGAUAAAAAGCUCGAGAAACGCAUGUUCCUUCCAUAUAACCCCUUGAGAGGAGCUGACGAACAAGACACCAGCUUGCCCAGCGAUGAGCAUAGUAAGUGGGUGGUGGUGCUACGACGCGUGUUUUGCAGAUAUGAUCAAUCAUUGAGCGAAGUUUGCAUUGAUAUCAAAAGCCCACUGGUAUUUAGUGUAUUGCAUAAGGCUAUCCGUGAUAUGAGAGCCACUCUCGACGUAGAGCCAUCCCACCCUGGCCGAACGACGAGAUAUUUCGAUGGAAAGAUUGCUCAGGACAAAGGUGAGCUCUGUGUUGAAGAGCAUGUAAACCUGCUGCUCUGGCUUGUCGAGGAACAAUACGCGCCAGCUAUUAGUGAUAUUGAGCACAUGUUUCCCAAAGGAACUACAACAUUGAAUAUUUUGCGAGAAGCGUUCUUUCCCAAGGACAUCAUUGUCGAUGGCAUUGCGGACACACCACGAGCGUAUCGGGUCACCAAAGCUGAGUACAGAGUAGAUACAUACGGAAAACGAUAUCUUCAUAUCAAGGCAGUGUACAUCGACUACGACGAUACGGUCCCCGCAUUCUCUUUCGAGGACAAGAAGUUCCUCUCGGCGAACAUUGGAGACCUUGAAGACAUCACUUUCAACCAGGAGGUCUUCCGUCAGCUUGUGCUCCCAGACCCUACCAAGGAAAUAGUGCGUGUCAUGGUACAGAGUCGCGUUAAUGGCGUCGACUUUGACGACUUCACAAAAGAGUCGUUCUCCAUUUGCCCGCUAUGGGUGUCAGGGCGCUGCUGA